ACGCCGUUCGACAACCAACAGCUGCUGCAGAGACAUCAGGAGGAGCACGCCGAGGAGAGUCUGGGUGUGUUCUCUGGUGAGGCAGCAGGUCCAACUACAGGACAGCGGCGGGGGAGAGGGAAGAGGACUCACCGAUGUCCGACCUGUGGCAAAGAACUAUCCGACGCGUCCAAGCUGAAGUUACACGUGAGAAUCCACACCGGGGAGAAACCGUACUGUUGCUCCCUGUGCGGAAAGGGUUUCACUCAGCCAGGGAACCUGAAAACACACAUGAAAACACACAGAGACGGGAACCCCAGUUUGUUGUCCGCUGGCGGGUUAGGUCCCUCUACAUCAAGAGGUCCUGAACACCACCGGGAGAAUCACACCGUCGCCGCAUCAGCAGCUCAGGAGAACUUCAACUGUCCAGAUCUACCGCCAGCGCAGAAACACAUGACGUCUCAGGACAGCGGAGAGAAGGUCUCUUUCUUCUGCUCGCUGUGUGGGGAGCAGUUCUCUGAGAAGGCACCGUUGGAAGAACACCGGUUGGCUCACAACAACAAGAAGCCUUUUCCCUGCCCUGACUGUGGCAAGAGGUUCCGCAGUAAUUACUACGUUAAGAUCCACAUGCGAAUGCACAGCGGGGAGAGGCCUUACCAAUGCACCGAGUGUGGGAAGGGCUUCAUCACAGAAGAAGGGCUGAAGAAGCACGAGAGCGCUCACCGGGGAGAGAGACCUCACCUUUGCCCCGAGUGCGGAAAGAGAUUCAAGCAACAGUCCCAACUUACAUGUCAUUUCCGUAUGCACACCGGACAGAAGAGCCACCUCUGCUCCGUCUGUGGGAAGAGUUACUUCAGAGAAUUUGACCUCAAGGUUCACCUCAGAGUCCACACGGGAGAGAAGCCCCAUCAGUGUGAGGAGUGCGGGAAGAGUUUCUACUAUCUACAGGGGCUCCGGCAGCACCAGAGGACCCACGCUCCCAAGCCCAUCGGACCGACCCGCCAGCUAGGCAGGCCUAAGCAGUCGUCCAGCGCAGACAUACCGAACCAAUCACCCAGGACGGGAAGGCCCAGGCCAGCUCCUAGAGUAGAGAGACCCAUGCCUCUAGGCCUACCUAGAGUUGAGAGUGAUCUGGAGAGACCCAUGCCUCUAGGCCUACCUAGAGUUGAGAGUGAUCUGGAGAGACCCAUGCCUCUAGGCCUACCUAGAGUUGAGAGUGAUCUGGAGAGACCCAUACCUCUAGGCCUACCUAGAGUUGAGAGUGAUCUGGAGAGGCCUCACUGGCAGUACUGGCACCUUUAAAUGGGAAAUCUUCCAUUUUCAACGGCGAUACAAUUAUUGGAGGACCAAAACAAGCUGAUACCG